AUGGGGCCGGGUGACGGCGACAGUGGGGCUGGGUGACGCUGGCCCCGGCUGUUGGCCGGAGGAGCGGAAGUGCCGUGGGGUGGGUGAAGGCUCCGGCUCGGUCACCGUCACCGGCUGUCACCCACCGGCCCCUGCUGCCACCCGCUGCACCCAUGGGUGUCCUCUUGCUCCUGCUCCUGCUCCAGACCCCAGCAGCAGAGGCCCUGAUGGAGCCGGAGUUCUGCUACAUCCUCGAUGCCAUCCUCUUCCUCUACGGCAUCAUCCUCACCACCAUCUAUUGCCGCCUCAAGGGGCUCAGCAGUGAGGGCCAAGAGACGUACGAGACCCUCGAGAUCAGAGGCUCCUGACCCCAUCCUGCAGCCUCAGCCCCCC